AUGAAGAUUUUGCUGCCUUUGGCCGCUUUCUGCUUGAUUCCUGUCGUCUUCUGCUCGCUUCACGAUUCAGAAGCGUUGGAGGACUUGGCCGAAUGGGGUUUGACUUUUUUCAGCGAGAUAAAUGUUUCUUUCAACCUUCAGAUGAAAGUAGAUUCAAAAAAAAACUGAAUUGAUUUUUAUUUUUAGGUAAAAAAGCUCAUCGAUUGCAACGGCACUUCAAUAUAGAGCGUUCUCCUUCGAGCCAACACUAUUGCGGCCAUUCGACGUUAGUAGAACCUCUUACAUAAGUACUUACUCAAGUAAUUAUACACUCAAUUCACCCAUAUAAUGCCACAAUCACUCAAAGCUCUUUGUUCGCAAAUCGUUUCGUUCCAAACACCUAAUUUUAUAUAGGAAAAUUAAAACUUUUUGGAAAAAGCUAGCUUUGAAACUUUUUUAGUUGACAAAAUUUCCAGGUGCGAUGACGACAACUUUUUUGUAUAUUAUAACUGCUGUCGAACUUCGCCUCACAAGUGCUGCUGGUAUUUGAGAAUGUGGAUGAUGUUAGUUUUAUUAUUUUCCAAGAAUAAAAGGCGUUAAUGAACAAUUUUCAGAGUUCUCAUCGGAAUCAUUGGAGUGAAAAUCGCUCUUUCUUGCUUCUUAUGUGUAUUUCGCAAAAAUUUGUUGUUGAAAUUUAGUAAAUAAAUAUUCAAAAAAAGUUACAAUCGAAUAAAGUUUCACUGGUAAAAAAAUUGCUAUUAAAAAAAUAGAUAACCUGUUUAAGAAGUCUAAAAAUUGGUAACAUAACCGUUGAAUUAUUCUUUCUUUCAUUUCUGUAGUUUUUUUGGAAGAAGUUCAUAUACAACGAAUGACUUGAAUCAAAAUAAAAAAAGGAAAAAAACUGUUGAUGAAAGGCUUUUUUUCACCUCUUCGGUUACGGUAAGAGCAGAACACCAUACACAAGAGCGCCCGGGAAACCAAAAAUUUUAAAAAUGAAGCAAUUGUUUUUAUGCUUUUUUUUUUGUUUUUACAAUCCAUUUACAUUUCCUUCUAAUUGCCCGUGAUUUUUAAAUAUCGAAAUGUAACUUCUCAAUUCAAAAAAAUUUUUUGUAGGUUAUCUACUUAGCUUUUAUUACGCACUGAACAAACCAGUGAGCUUGAGAGGAAAAAACAUUUUCAAACUACGUCACAAUACUUUUCGACCCGACGAUCACUUCCAAAAAAGAAUCAUCAAUUUAUCAGAACUCCUUAAUCAUCGAUUUAUCAGGAUAAAGUGCCAUACGAAAUGGUGGAUAUUGACGAAUUGACCAGAAAACAUUUUUCGCAGAACAUUCGACCUGGAAAGGUUUGUAAAUUAACGUUGAAGUCUUUUUUUCAUUUCUAACAUUUUAGCGUGUAUUGAACGCGAGUCACGCUGCUGCGAUGAAUGGUAUAGAGGAUUCUGACAUUUCUUAUGCGGUUUCCCCCUUUUUUUGAAUAACCUUAUCGAAUUUGUUUAGUCUAACGAAUCGUCUCGUUUUGACGAUUCGUCGUAUUGCGAGAGGAGAAGGAGCAAGAUGAGUGCAGAGGAACGAGGAAAAGAAAUGUUGGCUCUAAUCCAGAAGAAAAAGAAGGAAGUCGCCGAGGUUUGUUCUGCAUAGUUAAAAUGAGAUUCCGGCUGUUUUUCAGGACCAUGAGAGGUUCGUUAAAGCUGGACUAGGAGCUAAAAAUCUUCAAGAGUACUGCGAAAAGCUUGAAGCACUGAAAAAAGUUUGCCAGCUUUUCGAAGGGCGCUAUUUUUUCGGUUCAGGGCAGAAAAGGAGCCGAUUGUUCAACACCAACUUCUAUGAACAACUCGCUAGCCCCUCUGAGAACCCUCAAUGUUUCGGCCAUCACUCAAAUCAAUGAAACAUUUGAAAAUAGAGUAAGAGACCAACUAGUGGAAUCUUUCAUGAGAUUUGGCUCUUUCAGAUCAACCUUCAAAUGCCGGUAGUCACCGAAGCGAGUGAGGAAAAUUCACCCGGGUCGAGAAAUGACGUUUCGGCUGAGUUGAAGGUACUCUUUCAAGUUUAAAAUUUCUGGCGAAAAAGAAAAGUUUUAAUAUUUCUGAGAUUUUGUUAUGGAUGCAGUUAUUAGCAAGUUCUAGGUGCGACCCAAAAAAACGUGCAAACCGUCAAGCCAGAAGGGCCUUUAAAUAAGAAAGGAAUUUCAGCUCCGCCUUUUACAUCGGUAAAAUUUGAAAAAAAAAAAUUGAAGAUUACAUUUUUGUCCAGGAUGUACCAACUACAAGUCGUGAAAAAGAAAACGAGGUUCAUUUUGCGGUUCCGAGUUUGCCGCCACGUGCUUUGAGUCGACAGAAAACCAAAAACGAAGAACGAGCCUCGAGGGUUUAUUUUUCACUUUAUUUUUCUCUUCAUGAACGUAGAAAAAGUGAAUUCAAAAGAGUGUUCUCACCAAAUAUAUUUUGAUUCAGCUGAGUUUCUGAGAUUUUCUGAUCCUUAAAUAAAGUUUAAAGUUAUGGAAACUAUCAUACAUUCUGUUCUCUUUUUAUUUGGGCAUUCAUUUCAAAAAAAUAUAUAUAUAAGUGAUCGUUUAGAAGACUAGAUAAUGAUCAUCUUCGGGACUUAUCAGUGUCAUUAGAAACUAGACGUUUUUAGGCGGAUUUUUAAUCUGUUCUGUGAAAAAUUUUAUAACAGCUUGAAAAGGAAAAGACGAUAUUAGAGGUCUUUUCACUACCAAAAAGACUUCAAUUUAAAUGAUCUCCAAUCCCUCAAAACUUUCCAUGAACAUUUUUACUGACUUUUUUUGAUAUUUUCGAGAGUGAUCAAGUUCAGAAUUAGCGUGAAAAACUACAAUAGUGAUAUUAGAUUUGUUUAACAUUUCACUUUGACACGAGGCCGUUUCUUGGAGAUUUCUUCAUUUGUCUUGUUUUUCCAGAACAACUCGUUGAACAGCAGCAAGCUGGUGGAUUCGCUUUUUGGGAACAGUCUGUUUGAGUCGCCUGGCCAGCGCAUGUUCACGCAGCCGGUGAAGAGAACCAAAGUCCUCGGCAAAACUCCCGUUCGAAACUCGAGGCCCAGCAAUGGAUCAGGUGACUCAAAAUAUUCAAGUCUUUUUUUAAUCGAAAAUCGAAACGCAUGCCUCAUAACCGUACCAAAUAGCCUAGGAACAUUUUUUAAAUGAAUAAUGAAAGGGUCUUUCGUCUUCUUUUGCUGUCUACGAAGAAAUAAUUGGUUGAUAUUUUAGGAAGCUUUUUUUCGGAUUUCAUUGAAAUUGAUUUGGUUUCACGGCGUAUAAUUCAUCUAAUGCCAUUCAACUGAUGAAGAACGAGAAGAAGAAAGAGGCGAAGGCCCGUAAGACCAUGCUUCCAACUUGAUCAACACUUCCAGUUCGCCAAAGGCAUUUGCUCGCUGUAGUUUUAAAAGCUCUUGUUAAACGCCUAGUCGAUAAAAUCUGAAAAAAAAAGAAAUUGAAUGAUUGAACUAAUUCGUUUUGAACUAACAACGACGAGUUCAGAAAAGGAGAAGACGAUUGAUCAGUCGGACAUCUCGCAGAACAGUACUCUUUUCGAAGAGUCUUCGUACAUUGACGCCGUCUGUGACAUUUCGAAUCCUAUGUUCGUCAUGCCGACAGAGGCAGAAAGGCGAAAAGAAAGCGGGAAAAAAGAGACGGAGAGUAAGAAGCCGGAGAAUCACGAACGUUCGACGGGUAUGACGCCUUCGAGGGAUCUCAUUUGUCCUGAAAUCAAAACUCCAGUGGCUCUGACCAUCAAAACGGUAUGAUUAACAUAUGAUUAACAAAAAUUAACAAAAAUUAACCGAAACUAUAAGUGAAGUUUCAGAUUGAUUUCUUCCUUUCUAAUUCUUUUUUCAUUUUGAAACUUCCGAAAGGGAAAAAGAGAUGUAGGGCUAGACAGUUUUUAAAGCGAUUCAACUUCAUAUAAAACUUUUUCAGAUGGGAGGAGAAUUUUUUUCUUAUUGAAAAUUUUAUUUAUAGUCAUUGUUUUUUUCGUUCAAAAGUUUUUUUUUACCCUUCAGUUCAUGUUGAUUCAAAACAAAAAUGAUAUCUAAUGCAUGACUUGAAAAUUUAUUAUUUUGUUUCAUCAUUCAAGUCAUUUUUCAGCCCAAUAACCGACGAUCUCACGCUUUUUCCCAAACUACGCCUUCCAAUCAGCCUAAUUAUCUUCGACCGACUGUUUCUUCACUAAAUCGAGCCUCAAACAAGAAUUGCCCGACGCCUUGUGGUCGAGUGGAAGAAACUGUUCAUGAGGAAGAGGAACAUUUCGCUCCUGCACAAGGUUUCAAUGAGAAAAAUUUUAUUAAGCUUAUUGGAUUAGAAUAUUCUGACAACAAAGCUUCCAAUUGUUGCAAGAGAAACUUUUUAAUGAAUUUGAGAAUUUUUUUACUAAAAUUCACCUCUUGGAUAAGGUCCCUUUAAUGAAAUCUCAUGAAGGCCAAGUUUUUUUUUUUGCAGAAACUUCAAGAGUCGAUAAAGAUCACGCGACGACCUCUACGUUGAAAUGCGAUGACUUGGCUGUGCCAAUAACGCCGCGCAAUUCGUUUCAGGUGCAUAUUUUUGAGAACUUUCCAGAUAACCUACUCAAUAUUUAUGGAUUUGAGACUUCAAUUUCGUCAAAAUAUAGUUUUUAUUUUCUAGGAUUUGAUGUAUUUCAGUCAUUUGAUGAUGAUCAAGAGCGGUCGCGAUGUGUUCAACCACAAGUAGAAGAGGAAGAAGUCUCGCGGGAUAAGAGUAUAGGCGAGGAUCUGGAGCAGGCGACCCGACACCUUUCUAUUGCUGAAGAAGAUGAAGACUUCGGCGCAGACUUCGACGACAUCGAAAAUGACGAUGAAGAUGAGGAAGAUGAGGAAGAUGAGCCGAUGGAGACUUCGGAGCCGACACGACGUCUGAACCGAGUGGUCGUUGGUUCGGUUUAGUUGAAGGAACAGUCUUAUUUCCGACGAUUCAGAAGACACUAUGUUUUCUUUGGGAACUCCUGGACGUCAUCCAGCUGAGCAUCAUCCUGUUAUGGGAGACACGACGGCUGACGAGGAUCAAUUCUUUAUCCAAAAUGUUCAUUCUUUGCGAAGCAACUACGAUAAUGGCGAAGGAAUGAGGCUAAUUCCAAGAAAAUUGAGUAUGGCGUAAUCUUUUUCGUGACUUUUUCACAUCGCAAGAAGUUUUAGUCAAGCCAAACGCGGAGGCCGAGGUUUCACAAGGCGUCCGACGAUCUACGAGAACCCGUGUGAAACCACUGAGAACGUGGCUCGGCGAACAAGCAAUUUAUGUCGAUUCACCAAGAGGUAUGAUACACGUUUUCUUUUUACUUUCGAGCGGUUUUUGUUUUUCUUUUACAUUUUUUAUUGCAAAACAAUUGACGCCUCCUCACCUUUUUUUCAAUCCUCUAUUUCAGGAGGUAAAAGAUUGGUCGGUGUUACGGAGGUCAACAUUCGAGACAAGCGUUUCAUGAAAACACUGACUGCGGAUCCAAGACUCGCGACACAGCGAGAAAUUGAGAUGAAAGGUUCGUUAAUGCCACGUGGGAAGAACCAUGAAACUGGGAAACUCAACACGCAAGAUGAACCGAGAAAUGGCGGCGCGAGUCUGGCGAUAAGGCAUGGUACUCGCGGACGAUAUCGCCUGGCUCUUGUCGCAAUCUAGCACGGCUCUCGCCGCAGUGUUGCUUUUGAAAAAAAUUUUCCGAUCGGUUAGAAGUCAAUUAAUGGCAACGGGGGCAUCAAAUCCAAUUAAAAAUUAGAGAACAAAGUUAGGAAAAUUUAAGAAACCGAAAAGUUGCGAUAUUGCCGCCAUAUCGCUCUGAUGUCGCGCCAGAAAUUUGCUAGAGCGCCGCGAAAUCUCUCGCCGAGAUCUAGCGUCAAUCUUGUCGCUUCAUCGCGGUUUACCUUGCGUGAACGAGAAAAGAAAGAGUCAACAUAGUUUAAAACAAGCAGAUUAGGUUUUUCCUUCGAUUGAUUCAUCCGUUUCAGCUCAAAAGAGGCGAGCUGCACAAGAACGCAAAGAGAAGAAGAUCCGACGUCUUUUGGAUAGCCAGAGGCGGGGCCGCAACCUUGAUAAAUCCCACCUUGACAUUGUGACGAGCAGCGACGAGGAAUAA